AUGAUGCCAGUGCAGUGGGAGGGCCCGAAGGACCCGGGGACCCGUGGAGGCCACAGGGCUCGUAAAGCUGAAGACAAGGAGUGGAUCCCUGUCACCAAGCUGGGCCGCCUGGUUAAGGACAUGAAGAUCAAGUCCUUAGAGGAGAUCAACCUGUUCUCCCUGCCCAUUAAGGAGUCUGAGAUCACUGACGUUUUCUUGGGUGCAUCCCUAAAGGAUGAGGUUUUGAAAAUCAUGCAAGUGCAGAAGCAGUCUCGGGCUGGCCAGCAGACCAGGUUCAAGGCAUUCGUUGCUAUUGGGGGCUACGAUAGUCAUGUUGGUCUUGGCGUUAAGUGCUCCAAGGAGGUUGCCACUUCCAUCCAAGGGGCUAUCAUUUUCUAUCAUCCCUGUGCGGAGAGUCUACCGGGGAACAAGAUUGGCAAGCCCCACACUGUUCCAUGUAAGGUAACAGGUUGUUGUGGCUCUGUGCUGGUGCAUCUCAUCCCUGUCCCUAGAGGCCCUGGCAUUGCUUCUGCUCCUGUGCCCAAGAAGCUAUUGAUGAUGGCUGGUAUAGAUGACUGCUACACUUCAGCCAGAGAUUGUACUGCCACCCUGGGCAACUUUGCCAAGGUCACCUUUGAUACCAUCUCCAAGACCUACAGUUACCUGACCCCUGACCUCUGGAAAGAAACUGUCUUCACCAAGUCUCCUUAUCAGGAAUUCACUGAUCAUCUUGUGGAAACCCACAGUAGAGUCUCUGUUCAGAGGACCCAGGCUCCAGCUGUGGCAACCACCUAA